AUGAAGCCGCCGCAAAAGCAACAACAACAACAACAACAACUGACUACAAAGUCGGACAACAGGAAGAAACAUAAAAAAGGAGGAGGCAUAAGCGAUCGAUCGUUCGCGGAGAAGAACAUGACGAUAAUUGAAGGGAAAGAAGAGAAGAAGAAGAGAGAAGGAGAAGUGGAAGAGGAAGAGGAGGAGGAGGAAGCGAGAGACUCGAUCAAAGCGUGGGAGGAGAAAAACUCGAAUCCGGGAUGGAACGUGGUGGAAUCGAGUUGUCCUCUGAGCGAAGAGCAAGUGCGCGAGGUGGAGGCGUACUUUUUGGCCGGGAAGAAGCGAGGAAGGUUGGUACCGAAAUACGCGCUGUAUCUUUUGGACGAGGACGAAGAGGAAGAAGAAGAAGAAGGAGGAGGAGGAAGAGUCGCCCGAGAAAAGCACCAUUUCGGUUCGAAGAAUAAACUCGGCGUGGCGAUUCCAGGCGUCGGCGCCAACGUCGUCGAUGCGAAGAGACUUAUUUUGUCGACAACUGUGUCACGAUCUGUCUUUAUGAAACUUUUUGACGAGAAGAUUGAAGAGAAGAUUAAAGUGAGCGACGCGCAGUGCCUGAAGAAAGAAACGAAAGCGCUCGCAAAGUUUCUCGCGAAAUCGAUCGCAACGGUGGCGAUAUUGCCAGUGGGAAAAAGAAUUACCAGAGAAGCGUAUCAGAAAAUGCAAAAAGAAAUCUUUUGCGUCGUUAGAGGUUACUCGCAAAAGAACGUGAAACACGCGUCGGAACAUCACAUCGGGCCGAGCGCGCGACGUUCCGAACAGACGCAUCCAGUUUGA